UAACCGAAGAGUUGCACUCUAAUUCGCUGCGCGAUGGACUCCUGCAGGUAGUGAUAUCAGGUCGUCAACAUGACCAACUGCCGAUAUGCGGGUAGGUUCCGCACUCGCACUUCCUGUCCAUAUAGGGGCAGUCUCUACCCUGCCUGAUCAAGAGGUGCGGAUGAUGACCGUUGAACCCCAGACCGAGGUUCGCCCGACCCCGCAUUGCGCCCAACAGCAACAGGGGAAAAGCGGUGACACAACAACAGCAAUGACAGCAGCGACGAUCGUUCAUGCGGGGAAAGCCCAAUGCAGAAGCGGCUGCAGGUGCGCAUUCGACAGGCCCCUAUGCGCAGUCGCUGUCACGUCACAGCCCCUGUCCCUCCUCUAUUUACCAAGGUAAUGAAUAAUGGAUGAUAAUACACCAUCGAGGACGCAUUAUUCCGUUCUCCUUCACCCUCACGGCCAUUCUCACGGCCAUUCUCACUACAAAGUGCCGGCACUCGACUCUGUGGCUCUUUGGCGCAGAAUUCACAGAUGCACUACCGGAGAAAAUAUAACAAC